ACGGUGCUCUGGGCGGCCACACAGCGGGGCUCUCGGCUCCGGAGCAGCCCGCUGCCUUAUUUCAUUAUCUGCGGAUCCCCACUCUGGAGCCGCCGACCCGCUGCCGGCUUCCUACACUCCCUUCUCCCACGACGGCGGGCAGGCUGCUGAUGCUCCAGCGAGUGUGAUGCUGUUGUUUUUCCUCUUUUAUUCUGCGCUUUGUGAUUGCAUCGUGGAGCUUGCCACUCAAGCGAGGCGCGGUAACACAUGGGCCGGUCGACUGAUGCUCAAAGUGGGGUGCUGACCCCCCCCCCCCCCCCCCCCCAUCCCAGAGUGUUGGCAACAGGAAGCGGUUUGGUGCAGGAUUAAAACACAGGAAGACCACCAGUGGUUGUCUUAUUGCUCUCGCUCGGGACUAAGUUGAUUUAAUGAACCACCGACGCCAUCAUGGAAGAGGAAGAAGACAAUUUAACUAUAGCUGUCCAUGAUGCAACUGUUUCAAUGGAUACCUGAGCAGAGUUUAUGAGAACCCGGCAGAGCUUUGAGCAAGUUACAUAUGUGCAAGUCAUAACUAUGUUUCUAAAGUCUAAACCCUCCAGUCUGUCCUCAAGUUACUGUGGCAAAAAAAAUCAAGUCCAGUUAGAUCAAGUCCUCGCUAAAUUUGAAGCGAGUAAAGUCAUCACUUGGGUUAAGCAAGUCGUAAGUCAAGUCAGAUCUGUUGCUCUAGUCGCACAUUAGCCACUUUGCACUCAGUAGCUAGUUAGCUGUACUAAUACAUUCACGAUCACGGUUGUAACCAACACAUCUUGUAAUUUUACCCAAAAUCCCAAUAUCCCAAACGUUUGCGAGUAAUGACGGUGGAAUGGAGUGAGUAGAGAUACACCCUGUGGACCUUUUAAUCAACAACACCAAAAAAUGUAUUUAAUUACAUAAAAAAAACACCAGCCUCCCAAGUCAUCAAUCAUGGCGAGACAAGAGACGUUGCACUUCCUCCACCACUUCGAUCUAAGCGGCCACUUCGUCGACGUCAGGCCCCUUGGCGCCGGAGGGACCGGGUUGGUCCUGUCGGCCGUGGACCAGCGCACGGGACGCCGUGUGGCCAUCAAGAAAUUGGCCACGCGUGACGCCGUCACGGUGAAGCACGCGCUGAGGGAGGUGAAGAUCACCCGCCGGCUGCAUCACGAGAACGUGGUUCGGGUCCAUGAGGUCCUGGCGCCCCACGGACGGCCAUCGACCAGGGACCCGGCCCAGCUCGGCGCCUUGUACGUCAUCCAGGAGUGCAUGGAGACGGAUUUGGCUCGGCUGCUGGAGCAAGGAGCGCUGUCGACAGGUCACGCUACUCUGCUGUUCUACCAGCUGCUGCGGGGCCUCAAGUUCAUCCACUCGUCCAACGUGCUUCACAGAGACCUGAAGCCUGCCAACAUCUUCAUCAACACUGACCAACUGCUGCUCAAGAUCGGAGACUUCGGUCUGGCCCGGAUAGUCGACCCGCACUAUUCUCAUAAGUUUUCAGCACCUGUCUCCAAUCAGCCUCAUCACCACCGGUAUUUAAGCCUGCCUCUUCCAGGAAAUCCUCACCAAAGUAUUGCAGCCUCGCCUAGCGAUACUACGGCCCACCGUACUCAAGGCUAUCUGUCCGAGGGUCUGGUCACUAAGUGGUAUUGUUCUCCUCGCCUGCUGCUGUCCCCGAACAACUACACGAAGGCUAUAGACAUGUGGGCUGCAGGCUGCGUCUUGGCUGAGAUGCUCACUGGACGCAUGCUCUUUGCAGGAGCUCACGAGCUGGAGCAGAUGCAGCUGAUUCUUGACACUGUGCCGGUAAUCAAAGAUGAGGACAGACAGGACUUGCUACAGGUGAUGCCUUCGUAUAUUAACCACGGCUGGAAAGUCAAGAAGCCGUUUUCUGUGCUGUUGCCGGAAGUUAAUGCCGAAGCUGUGGACUUCCUGGAGCACAUCCUGACGUUCAACCCCAUGGACCGUCUGACGGCCGAGGCGGCGCUGUCCCACUCCUUCCUUCGCCAGUACUCGUGUCCCGAGGACGAGCCCACCUCGUCCCACCCCUUCCGCAUCGAGGACGAACUGGAUGACAGCCUCGUCGCGGGGCAAAGCCUCAGCAACAGUCUGAGCCGGGCCUCCAGCAUCCACUGGGACAGCUUGGCAACCGAUGUGUGCUGGCAGCAGUCAAGCGGGAGAUGCGCAUGCAUGCCUUCUGGUCACAUGACCUCAGAUAUGGAAGACACCACCGAGGAAGAGGAGGUACAGAGGGACCCCAGAGCCAGUUGCAACUCACUUCUAGAGGAGGCCCAGGUGGACCCACGUAAAUAUUCUCACAGCAGCUCCGCCGAACGCUACCUGGAAAACUCCCACUCCUCUCUGGACCGGGCCUGUGGUUUCGGGUUCGGCGACCUGGACUGCGGCCGCUCGUGCGACUACAAGGUGGGCUCGCCCUCCUAUCUGGACAGGAUCGCGUGGCGGGACGGCAAACCUCAGCACUACUCGGAACCACGGCUCAUUCUGGAUCUGUCUCACUGGAAGCGCAACACCAGCAACCCUCCGGUGCCCAUCCAGCCACUUGGUGGAAGCGUGGAGGACGUGCGGGAGCUGAACACGGAUGACCGCGUUGCAGGAACGGGGGAUUUAUUUCAGGAGAUCUUCCGCUGGGUGGAGAGCACCCAGUCCCGUCUGUCCUCACCCAGUCCGAGUCCAUCUCUGGAGCGGCACUCCUGCUACACCUGCUCUCCGCCUCUCCCGCUCUCCCCUACGGACCUCUCGACUCCGGUCUUCCACUACCCGAACAUGGAGCCUCAUCACUUCACCGACGAGGACAGACUCAGUCCCUCUCCGCCCAUCACCCCUCCAUCUCUCUGCUCCCUCCUCCCGUCCUCUCCCACCUCUCCUCGUCUUCCUCCCCCAGCUCUCCCCACUACCACCACUGCCUCCUCCUCUGACUUCCGACCCGACGAGUCACUUCCUGUCAAGCAGAAAGAACGCGUCUUCGACUUGGAUGUGUUCAUAUCCCGAGCGUUGAAGUUGUGCCGUCAGAAUAAGGAGAAAGGUGACGGGAAAGGGCGGAGGGAGGAGAACAAACAGGUGAACAUCAACAGCAGGUUGCCCAGACCUCCUGAGCACAGGACACCACCACCCCCGCAGACUUAAAGACCACUGCAGGAUUUUACACACAAAAGUUUUUUUUUUUUACUUUUUAAACUCUCUUUCGUAGUAUACAGAGUUCCCCGCAGUUCAUCAUUUGGAAACCUGCUCAAUUGCAUGCUUUUUUUUUUUAAGAGAUUGUUUUCUUCUUUUUAAGUGGCAAAAUAAAAAAAAGAGAGGCACACUCACCGUUGCACUUUCAGCUAUUUAUUGACUCCAACCCCUGAUGUCCCACUAGGCCACGCCCCUUAGAGGCACACAUCCGAGUAAUCAGAAGAAUCAGAAUCAGCUUUAUUGGCCAAGUACGUUACAAGACACACAAGGAAUUUGUCUCCGGUACAGCAAAAUAUAAAUUUAGGACAUAAAAAACACAAGUAUGGAGAGUCAUUGAGCAAUGAAAGUGUACCACUAGUGUGGUGAUGCUGAUAUAAUGGCGCACAAAUACUACAGUACAUACAGUAAUGACACUUUAAAAAUAACAGUUUUUUUUCACUUUACAUUCACUUUUAUUCUGUCUUUAUUAUGGUUUCAUGCAAAAAAAAAAAAAAGUGCAGUUUUUCUUUAUUAAAAACUCUCAAAUGUUUUUUGGGGGGCUGGAAUGGAUUAGUAGCAUUUCAAUUCAUUUCAAUGGGAAAAAUAGAUUACAUAUACGAGUAAAACAUAAAACACAAUGAGCACACUCUUGAAGGAGCUGCUGUCGGACACAACUCACGCCGAGACGCAGACUUGCCGACAUUAUACUCCACCCCCACCAGGCCCCGCCUCUUAAAGGCACAUGUGUGUGUCUAACACACAGACACUACAAUACGUAUGUACAGUAUUUUCAUUUUGUGUUUGGUCAAAUACGUCUACAAUGUGUUUAUAAAGUAUGCUUUAAUAACUUUAAGUGUGUUUUAACAUGUUUAAAGCGUGUGGGAGGGGUAACCCCCCCCAAUUUUUUAUUUUUACAUUCACCUUUUGUGGGCAGUUCUGGAAUGUACCCCCUGCGAUACACUGGGGUUCACUGUUAUAAGGCUACACUGUAUAUCAUAUGUGCGAAACCAGACCAGAUCUGACACCCCGCAUCGUUAUGGAGAAAAUCUGUACUGAAAGAAAUUUAAAUACUGCCAUUGUUCAAGCAUUUUUUUUCACCAAAUCCCUUUUUAACAUAAACUGGACAAUGUACAAAAUUAUUUGCUUGCCACUAUUUUUCAUGAUUUCUGAUUUUAAAUCCAAUUUGUUGUUGGAAGUCGUUUGAUAACAGUCCAAUGCAGGGGCAAUUUUGGAUAUGUAAUCAUAGAAUAAGGUGAUUACAGUACUGUAUACAUUUCUAUAGUUUUCAGCCAUAACGGCUAUAACUCCUGUGUGGUCCGCAGCGAAAAUAAGUUUGACACGCCUGCUUUUUUAAAGGGAAUCGGCUGUAAAAGUCCUUUACGUGUUUUUAAAUGGGGCAGGAUGGUGGAAUUUUGGUUUGCACGCCUGCCUCAAAGUUCUCCGAUUUUGGGUUUAAAUCUUGGCUGUGGCCCUCCUCUGUGGAGGUAGCUUGGCUUCUUUAGUUCUAUCUGUUUCUAUUCACCACAGUGACAUAAAAAAAGUAUGAUUUCAAAGUUAAGGGUGCAGCAUUGUGGAGUAGAUUCUGGGUUCAACUCUGCUGCUGUCCCAAUAUACGCUGCACUUGACACCAGACAACUACACAUAAUGGCUCUCAUAGUUUGGUUUAUGUUUUAGUAUUCCCAGACCCUCAAUUUGUAACCAAAAUGUCUUUUUUACACACGGGAGGUUCCUCUGACUGUAUUAACCGAGGAGUCCCAUAGGACAAGAAAAUGAAGCUUGCUUGCAUAAAAUGUACAACUCCUGUCACAUGCUUACAUUUGCAGGACAUUUUGUGUCUGUUGUGUGGUUUUUACAAAUUUCUUGACUCACAUUUUGUGUUCAUUUGCAUUGACUUGGUUUUGGUUUUAAUGUGCAAUGCUUUUUUUUAAAUUUUUUUUAUGGAUGGCAAAUAUUGCUCUUUAUGGGACUGUUUUUGCAUUUGAGAGUACAAAACAACAAACUCUAACGUAAGCCCCCAAAUUCUAAUGCAAUCAACACAUUUGAACAAUAUGAAUCCUUUGAAAUCCAAAAAGGUUAUUUAUCGUGCUGACCUGUGCCUAACCCUUGAAAUGAGUUGCAUUUGAUGUUGCUUUAGCUCUUCUACAAGGAAGCAAUAAGUAUUAUUAUUAUUAUGAUUUACUGUAACUUUGGUCCACAAACGCAUGCAUUCAAUGUAGAACUGGAAAAAAGAGAGCAUUUGCAAAAAACUAACUCAAGUUCUAUUCACAGUAGACAUACAGCACAUUUAAACUCACAACCACAUUUAUAAAUUUUGCUUUUAUUCUAUCUGUAACAGCGAUGUUUAAUAUGAUGUGCUACAAAAUUAACUGAUUUCAAUGAUUAUUCCAAUCCAAUGAGCACAUUAUUAUUAUUGUUAUUAUUAUUAUUAUUAUUAUUAUUAUUUACAGUACAGUUUCCACUAAACCAGCAAUAACUUCUCUCACACAAAUUGAACACAUUGUUACUGACCUCAAUUUCUGGUGAAUGAAGAAAUGCAGCUGCACACGUAUACGUGCCUCUGUACACCUUAAUGCGUCCCAACUUGCUGAAUGUAAACGCAGCCUCUGAAUCGCAAUCUGCAUGCUUUGUCAGUAUAGGAAUAUGUUUAACUUGAUGUGUCUUUUCUGCAGGCUUUUUCUACUUCAUUUUGGUAAAGGUGGGAGGUUCAAAUGCUAAGCAUGGAUAGUUUUUUUUCAACUUUUGU